GCCAAAUGUCAAAACCUAACCUAAUCCUAAUUUAUAAUUUUAAAUAACCCCACAUUUUAAAACGAAAUGUCGGCAUUGAAAAGAGUUCAACAAUGGGCUACAUUUGCACGUAUUUGGCAUGUGUAUGAUGCAGCUUGGCAAAAUCCGUUUCAUUCAGCAAAGUUGUUAAAAAAAUAUUUAAUGGGAUUACACAAGCCCAUCUACCAUCCUUUAAAUGAUUGUGGAGAUCAUGUAAUUGUUAUUAAUACUGGAGAUAUUGCGCUACCAGAAGAUGAGUGGAAAAAAAGGGCAUAUUUUCAUCACACUGGUUAUCCUGGAGGUGCAAGUUGGACAGUGGCAUGGGAACUUCAUGAUAAAGAUCCCACCAUGAUCCUCAAGAAAGCUGUUUAUAGCAGCAUGGAUGGCAAUUUGCAAAGGCGGUAUACAAUGGAAAGAUUACAUCUUUUUCCUGAUGGCAAAGUGCCAGCAGAUUUAAUGAAAAAUGUCUCAAAUCAAAUACAGCAGAUUAGGCCAGUUCCUAAACGUUUAGACCAUUAUAGUGAGCAAGAAAGAAAAGAAUUCCCAAAACUAAUAGACUAUCCCAAAGAUUAUAUUUUACGAUAAAUCAUCUCGUUAACAGUAGGAAUUUAUGUAAAUAUAAAAGCCAUUGUAUUAAAAUAUAUUAAUAAAAAUGUUUCAUGUAUAA